UUUUUUUAUUUUGUUAAAUGACAAGAAUAGCCUUACUGCCAGAGAAUCCGUAUAACGGCUGGAGAGGGAUGAAUCAUAACUUCUCCCAUCUUUGACAAACGCAAUAAUUUUCAAAGCCAAAGGAAAAGGGAAAACGUAAAGGGGGCAGAGGAAGGAGCCCCUCUUCUUCUUCUUCUUCUUCUUCUUCUUCUUCUUCUUCUUCUUCGUGAAGAAGCUGUUUCAGCCUCAUAAAAAAAAAGGAAACGACCUUUGUUAAAAUCUUAUCAUCAUCAGGAUCAUCAAAAUUCUCGAGCUUCCAGAUCUAUCCGGAGCUAAUCCUUGGUUUAAUAAAUCGUUUUUUUACUUUAAUCGAUGGGUGGCUGCGUGGCUUGCUACAGAGAACCCAGAUCAACUGAAACUCCUCUAAAGGAUCCACCUUUCAAUCCCAUAGCUCAAACGGUUAAGAAGCCGAGCGUCUCUGAAGAUCUCUGGUCAACGAGCACUGUUGAUAUGGACAACAUCACCUUCCCUUCCCAGGGAGGAAGCAUAUCAUCAUCAAACCAGACUUUUGAUUCUCAAUCCGCUGCCAGAAACUCAAAUCCACCUCAUGAGUUUGUAAACCAAGGGAUUCUUCUAUGGAAUCAGACAAGGGAGCGUUGGGUGGGGAAGGAAAGAGCUAGUAAUCGCAAUCGUGGAUCCAAGAUAAAUUGGAACACAGCAUCGUAUGAUAGCUUGCUGGGGAGCAACAAGCUAUUUCCCCAACCUAUUCCUCUCAGUGAAAUGGUGGAUUUUCUAGUGGAGGUUUGGGAACAAGAUGGUCUAUAUGACUGAUGAACAAGACACUUACAUACAAAUUGGUUCGGACAUUUCCGAUUUUUGUUUGGUUUGAUUUCUGAAUCCCUUGUUGGGAAUUGAAAACUGGAGAAUGUGGCUCAUACGUUUUCACCUUUAAAUGAAAAAAAUAUAUAUAUAUAUUGUACCUUCUUUGAAGUAAAAAAAGUUUAAGACU